CUCACCCCCUUAAAUGACACUUUGGUAUGUAACACCACAUAACACAGAGUAUAUUCUUUCCCUGAGCAGGGGGCACACAAACCUACACUAUUCCAAGGGCAAUACAGAACUCCAACUGGAACUCGUUCCCGUCAGGAUCUGUUCUUUCUCCCAUGUGCCGGAACUUUCUAAAUAUUUGAAAUAAUAAAGCGUUAGAGGGAGCCUCACACGAGGAGUCUGGAUACCAAUGGCUUCAUCGUGUAUUUUGAUUAAAGGCGGCAAGAUUGUGAAUGCUGAUUGCUCCGUUCUGCUGGACGUCUACGUAGAGAAUGGGUUGAUCAAGGAUAUCGGAGAGAAUCUGCGGCCGGAUCGCUGCACGGAUCUGAAAGUGAUUGAUGCUGCCGGCAAGCUGGUUAUGCCUGGGGGGAUCGACACUCACACACACAUGCAGUUUCCUUUCAUGGGAACCCACUCCGUCGACGACUUCUGCAUUGGAACCCAGGCGGCUGUGGCCGGGGGCACAACCAUGGUUAUAGAUUUUGCCAUACCAAAGAAAGGCGAGUCGCUAAUUGAAGCCUAUGAGACGUGGCGGAGCUGGGCAGAUCCCAAGGUUUGCUGUGACUAUUCCCUGCACGUGGCUGUUACCUGGUGGAGCGAUAAGGUCAAGGAAGAAAUGGGAAUCCUUGUGAGAGAUAAAGGUGUCAAUUCCUUUAAAAUGUUCAUGGCUUACAAAGACUUGUACAUGGUGAAUGACCCUGAGCUGUACCAAGCCUUCUCCUGCUGUAAGGAUAUCGGCGCCAUUGCCCAAGUGCAUGCAGAAAACGGAGAUCUAAUUUCAGAGGGUGCUAAGAAAAUGCUUUCCUUGGGGAUCACAGGGCCUGAGGGCCACGAGCUUUGUCGGCCGGAGGAAGUAGAGGCAGAAGCCACACAAAGAGCCGUCACCAUCGCUAACUCUGUCAACUGCCCUCUGUAUGUGGUGCACGUGAUGAGCAAAUCUUCUGCCAAAGUCAUUGCCAAUGCACGGAGAGAAGGCAAAGUAGUAUUUGGGGAGCCUAUAGCAGCCGGCCUUGGGACAGACGGAACUAAUUACUGGCACCAUGAUUGGUGUCACGCAGCAGCGUUUGUGAUGGGGCCCCCACUGCGCCCAGACCCUUCCACCCCAGAGUACCUCAUGAACUUACUGGCCAAUGAUGACCUGAGCACAACAGGAACAGACAACUGUACCUUUAACACGUGCCAGAAAGCCCUCGGAAAGGAUGACUUUACCAAGAUCCCCAAUGGAGUCAAUGGAGUGGAGGAUCGCAUGUCUGUUAUUUGGGAAAAGGGAGUGCACAGUGGUAAAAUGGAUGAGAACAGGUUUGUGGCCGUCACAAGCUCCAACGCAGCAAAGAUUUUUAACAUCUAUCCAAGGAAGGGAAAGAUUGCCAUAGGGUCUGAUGCUGAUAUUGUCAUCUGGGACCCCCAAGCCACAAGAACCAUUUCUGCCCAAACUCACCAUCAAGCUGUGAAUUUCAACAUCUUUGAAGGGAUGGUGUGCCAUGGGGUCCCCUUGGUGACCAUCGCCGGGGGCAGGGUUGUGUAUGAGAAUGGAAUGCUGCAUACCAUGGAAGGACAUGGCAAAUACAUUCCUCGGAAGCCAUUCGCUGAUUAUGUCUAUGGCCGGAUACACCAGAGAGAUGCAGUAUGCCAGCCAGUGCCAGUGCAGCGUGAACCAUACAAAGGAGAUGUGAUCCAAUUAAUGUGAAAUCAACCUUGAUGCUGCACAAAUUAUGGACAAGGGAAACAUCACAACAAACUCAGCGCAGAUCAAGAUCAAGCAAAUAAUGUGUUUUAUCUACAUAUAUAAAAUGUUGCCAUUAGCGAUAUAUUACAGAGUGCAGAUCCGAUGGUAUUAUACUACAUAUAAAUAAUAAAUAUUAUAUGAUUGUUUUUUA